GUCUUAAUCUCAAUCCUGUCACAGUGCCGCUCAACUUCAAUCGGUGACUAUUGGGUCUGUAGAUUUUGCGCUCUAGCCUUCCAAGUCGAAAAUACAUAGAGGAGGGAAUGAAGCGCGAAUAAAAUAAAAAGCGACUGGAAAGACUUUUUUUCUUUUGUUUUUCUUUUCUCCUCCUGAUGAUAAAGAAAUGGAAGCAAAUGUGUUCAGGUUGACAUGGUCAAUCCCUCUACCAUCGCCUUCCUCUCUUCCUCAAGUGCGCGCCUUUCACUUUAAGUCCGGGAGGCCAGCCGGUGCAGUUUUGAGGAGGAGCCAAGCCAAAGAAGAGCCAAUUCUUGAAGGAUUGCCAAAGGAGUAUUAUGAUGAGCCACUUCUUGAAGGAAUGCCAAAGGAGUAUUAUGACGAUGAAUGGCAAGCCGAACAAAGGAAAAAGUCUAAGGAGUUACAACGCCGCCGCCAAAUCGAAGAUGAAGAAGAAGAAAGAAAGAUUGAAGAGUAUCGUGAAAUUGGUUUACGGUUGAAGGGAUAUCCAGAAGAAGAUGUUAAGAAAGCAAGAAAAUUGGUUUCAAGCUUUAUAAGAGCAGAAGAAGAAGUGGAAGAGAAAAUUGAGGAAGCUGCAGAGAAAGGAGAACUAAAUGAACUUGUUCUAAUGGUCAUAUGGAACCGCCUUGAUCUUGCUCGACGUGAUGAUGAAAAGGAUGCUGUUAGAAGCCUUGAUCUUUUAUACAGAAGGGUUGAGGUAUCCUCCAGUUCAGAUUACAAGCACCUUCUGAUGGAGAUUUUGAAACGAGAGGCUACUCCUGCCAUGAGAUUGCUGAACGAUCUUUUGAAUAUGCAUGAUGGUUUUGACGAUGAAGGAUGGCUGAAAGAAUGCAAAAAAUGCAUGAUUGAUACCUUUCCGCGUGAAGAUCCAUUCAGCAUUCUUGUUCCGGCAGGGUUUGACAUUGAUAAGCAUCAAGGGCCAUUGCAACCACCACUAGAAGCAGAUGAUGUUCUUUUGAGGGUAGAUUUUGUAAGGGAGGUUGAUGCUUUGCUCCAGGAAGUUCGGCAUGAGCCAAGUGAAGAACAGAAUAUAGAAGGGUUUGAUCCUGAAUCUGUUGCAAGCAAGCUGAAGCAACAAGAGAAGCAACGAACAAUUAGGAAAGUAGAAGCUCUGCUAGACCUAGCUAUUAAUUUAAAAUGGUAACCAUGUACUUGGUCCUCCCUUUAUUGUUAGAAUAGAGCUUUGCUUUAUUCAUAGAAAAUUCUUUCUUGAUUGAAGCUGUAUAUUUUACUAUAGUAUUUUGAGCCUAACUCCAUUUGCCAAGUUUGCUUCU